AUGUUUCGCAAAUGGGCUUCUCUGAAGGCCUAUGCCAUCAUCAACGCCACCGAGAUCGUUUUCUGGGCUGCGGUCGUAUAUCUCACCAUACAAGCCGCCACGCAAUCCUGUGUAGCGCCAACAUGUGCACUGACAUGGGUCAUUGUCGCUCUGGCCAUCAACAUGUGCCUGCUCUCGGCAUACGCCACGAUCGUCUCAUAUAACAACUUUCGCGCUGCACGAAAGAUUGAGCGCACAACGGUGGCACUCGAGUCGGUCGACCAAAGCCCUUAUCAUCACCACACGGAUGCUAUGAUGCACAUGAACAAGACAUCGGUUUGAGCUUAACUUCUGCCAGUGUAUUUUCAAGGAAUCAGCACGGAAGAAAGCAUUAUAAUGCACCCGGACGGGAGCCAUUACGUGGUGCUUCAACUCGCUCCCGGUGUAACGUUUGACGAAACUCAUGGGGACAAAGCAGGCAGUGAACCUUGAAAACCGGGUAUUGCCAGUGGUUGUACUAAGAUUUGAUGACUUUUGGGAUCAAGGCGUUUAUAGAAUAGAG